AUGCGAGCGACCAAAUAUUUUCGAUGCUCAGUCGAUCUAACGAACUCGCGUUCCGGCACGCUGAAAUUAUCCAGCCCUAAAGAAAUGUUAAAAGAAAGUUCGACAUUUUACUUAAUGCACUCGCCCAAAGAUGCACGAAUAUGGUCCGUGUUCUCGUCAUUCUAG